UCUGUCUCUCCAGUAGUAGUGCUUGCAAAAACUAGGAGUUUUCAAGCUUUUGCUUUUUUGGGUUGUGUGAAUGCUUCAUUCGCCUCACAAACAACCACAGAACCACAAGUGCGGUGCAAGCUUUCUCCAGGAGGACAGCAACAAGUCUCUGGUUCUUAAAUGGUUAAUCUCCGCAGGUCACUACCAGCCACCGAGAGCAAGCGAGUCAGUGAGUGCCCUAACCACAGUCUAUGCAGUAAUAUCUAAGGCUGCAAGCAGUAUUUACCACAGAGGGCACCAGCUCUAUCUGGAAGGAAAGGGAAGGACUAUGGCAUCCAACAGCCUCUUCAGCACAGUGACAGCAUGCCAGCAGAACUUCUUCUGGGAUCCGAGCACCAGCCGGCGCUUCAGCCCCCCCUCCAGCAGCCUGCAGCCCGGCAAGAUGAGCGACGUGAGCCCGGUGGUAGCUGCGCAGCAGCAACAGCAGCAGCAACAGCAGCACCAGCAGCAGCAGCAGCAGCAGCAGCAGCAGCAGGAGGCGGCCGCAGCGGCGGCGGCGGCGGCGGCGGCAGCAGCAGCGGCAGCGGCAGUGCCCCGGUUGAGGCCGCCGCACGACAAUCGCACCAUGGUGGAGAUCAUCGCCGACCACCCGGCCGAACUGGUCCGCACCGACAGCCCCAACUUCCUGUGCUCUGUGCUGCCCUCGCACUGGCGGUGCAACAAGACCCUGCCCGUGGCCUUCAAGGUGGUAGCCCUCGGAGAGGUACCAGAUGGGACUGUGGUUACUGUCAUGGCGGGGAAUGAUGAGAACUAUUCUGCUGAGCUCCGAAAUGCCUCUGCUGUCAUGAAAAACCAAGUAGCAAGGUUCAACGAUCUGAGAUUCGUGGGCCGGAGUGGACGAGGCAAGAGUUUCACCUUGACCAUAACGGUCUUCACAAACCCUCCCCAAGUGGCCACUUAUCACAGAGCUAUUAAAGUGACAGUGGACGGUCCCCGGGAGCCAAGAAGGCACAGACAGAAGCUUGAUGACUCUAAACCUAGUUUGUUCUCUGACCGCCUCAGUGAUUUAGGGCGCAUCCCUCAUCCCAGUAUGAGAGUAGGUGUCCCGCCUCAGAACCCACGGCCCUCCCUGAACUCUGCACCAAGUCCUUUUAAUCCACAAGGACAGAGUCAGAUUACAGAUCCCAGGCAGGCCCAGUCUUCCCCGCCGUGGUCCUACGACCAGUCCUACCCCUCAUACCUGAGCCAGAUGACGUCCCCAUCCAUCCACUCCACCACGCCGUUGUCUUCCACACGGGGCACUGGGCUACCCGCCAUCACCGACGUGCCCAGGCGCAUUUCAGAUGACGAUACUGCCACCUCUGACUUCUGCCUCUGGCCUUCCUCUCUCAGCAAGAAGAGCCAGGCAGGUGCUUCAGAACUGGGCCCUUUUUCAGACCCCAGGCAGUUCCCAAGCAUUUCAUCCCUCACUGAGAACCGCUUCUCCAACCCACGAAUGCACUACCCAGCCACCUUUACUUAUACCCCGCCAGUCACGUCAGGCAUGUCCCUCGGCAUGUCCGCCACCACCCACUACCACACCUACCUGCCACCACCCUACCCCGGCUCUUCCCAAAGCCAGAGUGGACCCUUCCAGACCAGCAGCACUCCAUAUCUCUACUAUGGCACUUCGUCAGCGUCCUAUCAGUUCCCCAUGGUACCGGGAGGGGACCGGUCUCCUUCCAGAAUGCUUCCGCCAUGCACCACCACCUCGAAUGGCAGCACGCUAUUAAAUCCAAAUUUGCCUAACCAGAAUGAUGGUGUUGACGCUGAUGGAAGCCACAGCAGUUCCCCAACUGUUUUGAAUUCUAGUGGCAGAAUGGAUGAAUCUGUUUGGCGACCAUAUUGAAAUUCCUCAGCUGUGGCCCAGCGGCAUCCAGGGGCCACAUCCCACAUGUGUUAAUAUAUACAUAUAUAAAGAGAGUGCAUAUAUAUGUAUAUUGAUUAGCUAUCUAGAAGAUUUCUCAUUCACUCCCUAGUCAUGAUCUUGCAACCCUAAGAGGGUAGAGACAAUCAUAACUGGGUCUCAUUCUGUUUACUAUUUAAGAUGUCCCUUUUACCAAGGAACAAAUGGUCAAAGGUGUUGUCUGGUCUGUUUUCAUCAGUAACUUGUUCCUAUGCCAAUUCAGAGAGGUGGACUCCGGGUUCAGGAGGAAGAAGAGCCAAGCCACUUCCUCCCUGUACUCUGAAACCGCACGCUUCGGCUGUGUGGAGGCCAGUGCACUCUGCAGACCAGCUUACAAAGCCAGUGUGGUGCACUCAGGAAGGGACGAGAGGUAGCAUGGAGGCCGCCACCGCCGCCGCGUCCAGUGCUGUCCCUUCUGAUACCUGCCCCCAAGUUUGCCUGCAGACUUGCUGCAGGUACUCGUUUGAACUUUUGAGUUCACUUAUUAUUUUUUUUCCUACUCUAAGAAAGUGACUUCAGAAAUACUGAUCAGGAUAGAUUAUUUUAUUUUACUUUUUUAUAGUUCCCUCACGUCCCCCAUUUAACCAAAAAGAAAUCCUCCCAACUACCCUCUCCUCUCCUUCUCCCUCUAUGCAAAACUGAAGAUGGCAAUACCUUAUUAUAGCCAUAAUGAUAUAGUGUUUGAGUUGGCUGUGUGUUAUUUGUUUUUCUUUUUUUUAAAUUAUGAAUAUGUGUAAAAUCUGAGGUAACUUGCUAACGUGAAUGGUCAUAUAACUUUAAAGAUAUAUUUAUAAUUAUUUAAUGACAUUUGGACCUUUGGAACAUUUCUUAGUGUAAUGAUAUGUUGACUUCGGUCUCUAAAAGUGCCUUUUCUUAAAUAACAAAUUUAUUCAGUGGGCUAGAGCCAUAUCUGAAAUAUUGCUAAGCAAUUUCAAUUCCUUCAGGCACAAUGUGAUUUUUGAAGAUAAUUUCCACCUCCAAAUAUUUUAGUUGUAGUUUGUUUUUGUGAUGUAUGAAGGGAAUGCUAUAUUUCAUUCUUUCAGGUCUUUGCCUCUGACACAGCUUUUUGCCUUUUAAAGCAAUAAUUAGGGAUUAAAAAAACAAAAACAAAACAACCAUGGCCCCGGAGCCCUUUAACACUUCAUGUGGCCCCUUUACCAGCAUGAAAUGCUGGAGACAUGUGGUUUCCUAAUUUCCUUCUCUUUGGGGUGGGGAUGGUGGUGGCAUGGUCAUUAUGGCUCUUGUCAUAUUAAAAGGCUAAGCACAAGUGAAUAACUGCAGAAACGUGUUCUGUGGUCUCGGAGUUAAGCAAAACUGUAAAUCGCAGGCUUCCUAGUUGAGGACCUAGUCAGCUGAAAGCCACAUGUGUGGUAAGGGCUCAAUCACAACAUGUAUAGUGUAGGGAAGCACAGACACACCAGGACCUUGCACCUACCAGCCUUACCACACAGUCAUUCAGGGGAACCCCAAGUGCCUUACCCAAGGAGGGCCCCCCAGCAGCUUUCCAAGGAGCAGAACAAAGUCACUGUCCUAGGGGAGCUGGUCAGCUGAAUAGCGACCAGUAGCUGAUGUCAGUAGACACAGUCUGAGGGGACCUCCACAAAUCCUUCCAUAUUAUGGGCUCCCACUAGGGAGGGUCAAGAGCAGGGAAGGCCAUGUACCAAUUGGCUUUUGCCAAGGUGUGAAUUUGAGAUCCAGCCCGCCCAGAGGAUGCACUUUCAUUGUUCCAGGCGCCUUGUGGCCAAUCCCUGAGUGUGAAUCCUUAAUCCAACCCAGGGACCUUUCAAGGACACCAGGCAAAUUCUUCACAGGUGGUGGUGGGUGGGGUGGGGUGGGGGCCACCUUCAUUUCAAUCCUGAGUCAUCCUAAGGAGAGCUCUGCAGACAUUUGUCCCGGGCCUCUAGCCUCCCGCUGCUCUCUGUUCUUUCUCAGGUUGACCUUUGUCCCAAUGUGGGACAGUCUGGGGGCAGGUGGAUCUGUGUGUGCCUCCAGUCUGGGUUUUCCUUAGCAUUCACCCUGACUCCUUCUGGUACAAAUGGGGGGGGGGGCUCCCACCAAACCAAAACACUUUGCCUUCUAAAGGUUGUAUACCAAGUAUGUUCAGCUAGAUAAGCCACUUUGUAUGUUUUAAGAUGGAAGUCGUAAUGGAUGCUAUUUAUUGUGUGUGGUAGCUUGAAGCACACCACUGUCCAUGGGUUUGUUCGAUACCUAUUUCAGCAGCACUUACAAAGGCCAGUGUCUGGUCACACUCUUCAGGUUCCAUUAGUUGACAUGAAAAUGUUAUCAUCGGUGCCAGCUGCACCCUAUUUAAUUGUUUAAAAAGGGUACUAUAUUUGUACAGUGUUUUUUAACGUUAAAGGGCUUCUUAAAGUUUACAGUACACACAGUAAGGGACUAGAGGGGAUGUGUUAGUGCCCAAAUGUUAUCACAGUGGCUGCAGGCAGCAACCCAGAAACACUUUUGAAAACAGGCUGUUUCCCUUCAUCCUCCCUUUGAGAAAAAUUCAAGUAUUUCUCUCCACCUUUCGGCCACCUCACUGGGUGACUCCCGUUACUUAGAACACAUUCUUUUCUUCUGUUUUUUGGACUAGGGUUUAAAAUCCUCUUCCUGUUCCCUUGUCUCUCAAAUGCUCCAUUUGCACUGGGUCACAUGUAUGAUUUGUGGUUUUAAGACCAAAGCAAUGUCUUAUUACUUCUGGAACCAUCUAUGUGUGCUAGCCCCCGCCCCCCCCCCACCCCAGUUCUCGAAGGAGCACAGACAUCCCUGAGAUUCAUGGUGUGAUGAUGGACACAGCUAGAUUUUAGAAUAACACUCUCCAGUUGUCUCAGAACAGGCACCAUGGUUUUCGUUGUAGGUUAGGGAAUGAGAGACCUCACAGAUUAACUACUGUUGGCUCUCUAAACUGUCUGCUCCUCUACCUAGGGACCCUUGGGAAAUAGAGAGAGAAACAUCUCCACACCAUUCGACUGUCCAUUGUAGAUUCAGAAGGGAGGAGCCAUGUUGGGGGUUCCCUCCUCUCCAAGGAAAGGGACUGACUGACCUAGAGAUAGAAAGCAUUAGCAGAAGUAAUUAUAUGCGCAGUAUUUGAGAAAAUAAUAGAAAAUAAAAGACAAUUCUUCCAAACUUUUAAUUUGUUGUUCUUAAAAAAGAUAAUGCACCUAAAACAAAGAUUUUUUUUCCUAUGUGAGAACUUUCUUAGUUGUCUGUUUACUUCAUGUUUACAAAUAAUUGUUUGUUUUUUAAUGCCUUACUUUAAAAAUAUACCAGCCAAAACCAUAACUUACAGUAAUUUCUUAGGUAUGCUGAAUAAAAUUCCAUGUCUUUUGAUAUACCUACCAUUCUUAGAUUUCUGUGGAACAACAACAAAAAAAUUGUAGCAUUUUGUGUAAAUACAGCUUUUGUUUUUAUUUUUUAUUUCUCUGAUUGCUAUUGCCCAAGAUUUGCUUUCCAUACACGUAUUGUACAAAUUCUGCUUUGUGCCACAGGUCAUGAUUGUGGAUGAGUUUACUCUGAACUUCAAAGGGACUAUUUGUAUUGUAUGUUGCAACUGUAAAUUGAAUUAUUUGGCAUUUUUCCCUCAUGAUUGUAAUAUUAAUUUGAAGUUUGAAUUUAAUUUUCAAUAAAAAGGCUUUUUUUUUGUU